UGAGGACCUGGAACGGGAGUGCUCGGUGUGAUUACGGUGAUCGAUCUGCGAUUAAACGGGUUCUCUUACGCGUUGCUUCCAAGUCGCAACGUGUGAAGCAUGGAUUGUUUCCAAUCAGUUGCGUUUAAAUUUUGCGAGAGAUUCUCCUGGUGCAUUGUACGCGAAACGAUGACGAGGAAUCGGUGAGGCGUGACAAAGAGAGUGUGGCUUUGGAAUCGACGUGGAAGCUUCGGUCUUUAGCGCGAGGAGAUCGAUAGGAGUUUGAUUUAGAGUGAUCUACUGGUGAUCUACUGGUGUCUAGCUGCGAUUAACUAAUCGGUGUCUCGAUUCUGGGCUCGGCGAUGCGAAGAAAACGAUGAGCAGCGCCGAUUUUCCUUCGAAUACGAUAAUUGCGCAUGGAACCGUGACUUUCGGUCUUUGACAGAGGUUAUCGCGUCAAGAGGUCCAGGAUGGUCGGUGUCAUUAUCAAGGCUGCGCUGUUGGCGCACUUUCUCCAGCUGGUCGUCGAGGCGGCUGAUCGCACUACCUGUAUUCCCAAUUACUUUCGUUACGUUAAGGACCAAGAAACGGAAAUAUUCAGCGGCCUCAUCGUGAUAUCGUCACCACCGAAAGGGGUUCCUCUGCACCUCAGCGUAGGCAUGAGCAUCGCCGCCGUGUUACCCUCGAAAUACGUCGGUCGAUUAAAAUUGGCGGAGUCGAGGGAACAGUCGAUGAGAGCGGUCCAGCAGGGCGGGCCCUUGAAAUACAACAUCCGAUUUCCUCUUCUUCAACCAUUACCGACCAUAACCGGUUUGUGGUUCAACAAUGAGUUACUUUGUACCGGUCAACGCGCAAUGGGACAAAUCGUCACGUCCAUCGUAUUGAACCACACCUUGUAUCCACCGGGGAAGAUGCAAGUUUUGGACGAAUCGAACCUGAUUUCAUCGCACGCCGACGUAGACGAAAAGCUGUGGCAGCCUGCUAUUCCGGACCCCAUUGAAUCCCCAGUUUAUCAGCCUGAACCCACUCGACCGCCAAUUUUCGAAACCGAACCCACUCGACCGCCAGUUUUCCAACCCAAACCCACUCGACCGCCAGUUUUCCAACCCGAACCCACUCGACCGCCAGUUUUCCAACCCGAGCCCACUCGACCGCCAGUUUUCCAAACCGAACCCACUCGACCGCCAGUUUUCCAGCCCGAAGUGACCAGAUCAUCGAUUCAAACUGUUGGAACUGAACGUACGGUGUUCAGACCGAUUCCAACUCGACCUCAGACCACUCAACCAGCUCCUCCCGUGACUCCAAAGCCGAUUCCUAACAUCGAUCAGACCAAUGAAUUAUGCGGUCGUCCAAGUAACACGAACACGAUUAACCAACUGAUAGCAGGAGGUUUGAAAACGUAUCCAGGUCAGUGGCCUUGGUUGGUGGCGAUCUUCGUCGUCAAGUACGAGUUUGAGUUCCAAUGUGCCGGGAAUCUGGUGACGAACACUCAUGUUAUCACGGCUGCCCACUGCUUUCAAUUGGGCAACCUGAUGAUCCCAGCGAGCGUGCUGUCGAUCGGUGUGGGACGAUAUCGUCUUCGAGGCUGGGAGGAAAAGGACUCGAAUCGACACGUGGCGGAAUAUAGGAUCCACCCCGAUUACAGGUUCCAGGUCGACGCCAAUUCGAAAGCCAGCGCCGACUCCGACCUUGCCGUGCUGAUUCUCAAAGAUAGGGUGGAGUACAGCGCGAUGGUCAGACCAGUUUGUCUUUGGCCAAGCCCUACGGCACUGGACCUUGUUGUGGGAAGGUCGGGAACCGUUGUGGGCUGGGGACGCGACGAAUUCGGGAAUCCGUACCUUGACGAACCUCGUAUGUCCACUUCUCCGAUCGUAUCUCAGGAGGUCUGUCUGUGGAGCAACAGCGAGUUCGCGAAGACAACCACGAACAGAACAUUCUGCGCGGGUCUGCGCAACGGAACCGGUCCUUGCAACGGCGACAGCGGAAGUGGCUUCGUCAUCUACGAUUCCUACACGGAACGCUACUAUCUCCGCGGUAUCGUUUCAUUAUCGCUGUUGGACAGAACCAGAAUGUCCUGCGACCUGUCGCAAUUCGUAGUAUACGCGGACGUCGCGCAAUACAGAGACUGGAUAUUGGAACAGCUCGCCACGUAGUGUCCUUCCGCGAUUCUAAACAUGCUAGUCGAUCAGCUUCUCGAUAGAAAUUAUUCUCACGACACUGGUAGCUCCGUUCAGGACAACGCCAAGUGGAAUUGCAUGGUCGAUUUAUCGACUGUCGUCCUGAUUUUUUUCAUUUUAUCUUCGAUGUACUUCCGCUUCGACAUCCCAAGAUAUCGCGAAUCCACAUUUCGACCUGUUUUCGAACGUAGAAUUGUUUAUAGCAGUUUACAGAGCUCGUUUAUGGCAGUGCUGGGCAAAAUGUACUUUAUCGGUGAUCCAAGAAUCAUAAUCGAUAAUUUUUAAUCAUUAAUCCCGUUAAUAAACGAAGUAAUCAUGAUUAAUGUAUACUCAGUAUGUAUAAUCAUGAAUGUACACGUGCGAUUAAUGCUGAGGCAUUAGAAAUUAUUAGAUUAUGGUUGCAGAUUAUACAUUUAAGUGGUCAACGAUUAAUUCGACGAUUAUGAACAAUUAUCACAAAGUAAUCAGUGAUUAAUAAUCACCGUUCUAUAAUUCGACUGUGAAAGACCCUAAAUCUUGCUUUUACUCCUAUUUCUCUUUACGUUAAUAUUCGCGACAUGGACGAUGGAAACUGUACAAAAGUAACAGGGUCAUUUGAAUAAAGGAUCGACCCUACCUCGAUUAUUUUACUCGUAAGGACAGCGUAUGUAUUUUAGCUCUUCCAUUUAUUCAUACCGUGUAAUAUUUAUUCUUGACAUAAUUCUAAUUGCAUACCGCGUAAAAUAAGUAUAGCACGUAAAUCUAUCUUAAACUGAACUGUUCCGUCACGCGCGAGGUAAUCCUUCUUUAUCAAUGAUCGUAUCGUACUCGUGUAUCGUUAAUUGAAAAUGUAUAUAUACUGUUAGAUAGAUGCUUCGUAGAAAAUCAUUUAUCGCUAAUUUUACGAACGACCAUGAUCUUAUUCUGCUCGAAUAAAACCUUGUAUUUUUCUUACGUUUCA